GUGGCUCGCGCGCGUCGGUGCCCGCCUAGGAACAUUCGGGCCGGCGCGGCUGGCAGUGCUCACAACAGUGCCCACUUUCUAACAUGGCAGAUCAAUUUGUGUUGUAUUAUCAUGUGACGGCGAAACGCUCCCGUUGAUAGGACCCGUAACCUCGUGCGAAGCGAUCGUAGUCCCUCGGUAACCUUGUGAGUGUGGACGCGCGACGCGGUUCGCGGUCGCGUAAAUGUCCGUCGCGAUGGCGGACCUCAAGAGCCCGCCGUUCAGUGACAUCAAGCGGCCCGAGGAGGUGGUGGCGAUGGCGAUGAACGACAGCCUCAAGUUCGCCGUGCUGAUCGGCCUGAUCGAGGUGGGACAGGUGUCCAAUCGGGAGGUCGUCAACACCGUGCUACACCUGGUACGUAUUCAGGAGAAUGGGAGCGCUGUUAGCCGGCCAUUGUUCAAUUUGUGCGUGAGUAAAUCGUGAACUCGACAUCUUACGGGAACGUCAGUCUGCCAUUUUAUCUCCGCCGAGAUAAUCUACACGGGGAUCCCCAUUGUCUGAGGCCUUUUUCAUUUUAUCCGCACUUUUGUUAUCUCCGUAUUGUCUUGCACUACAUACUUCGCCUUCCAUUCGACGUUCGGUUCGAUAACAAGCCAGACCGGGCGUAGUAUGAUGAAAGAAUAUAUACAAGCUCAGUCGCCGUGAUGUCUGGAGGAAAAAGCUGCGCUGUCAUAUCCUCGCGUAAGGAUAAAAGGGAUCGCAUCUCCAUUGAUGAUUUGUGUGCGUUUCUAUCUCCGUAAAAGCCGAACGGAACAUAAUCUUCCGUUGCGAGGCUAUUAAGCCGCUUUAAGCGAUGACUUUUCUUAUAAAACGCUUUAUCGUUAACCGUGCGCUUUACAGUACACUCUUUCUGUUUCCCGUAAGAUGUAUCAUGUUCGCAAUAAUCAAUCGUGCCUCCAUCACCGGCUAGCUCUGCCGUAACGAAUGAGGAGGUUUAAUGACGGCGCUAUUACGUCAAGUGCUUUAAUAACGUUUCGGUGAGACUAUUCCCGUCGUACUUCGCACUAAUUCCGUAUCAAACUACAAGCGGGACUGAAGUUACCUCGGCGCGCGAUUACCUCCCAAAAACUGGGAAAAAUACUCUCAACCAGUUCUUUCGUUAUAUUUGUCACGAGUUGGAGGUACGCAUUGCGCCAAGUCUCCUCUUUUUAUCGAUGGAACUUGUCGCGCGAUUUUCAUAUUUUUUUUUCUGUCACUUUCCGCCACUGCAGUUUACCUUGUUCAAGCUACUGUCGCGACUUUUUGUUACAAUAAUGUUCAUUUCUUUCUAUCCUUCUCUCUCACAUACACAAUAGAGAAUAUUAUAAUUAAUUCUAUUCGUUACAAAGACUACUUUCAAUUAAAAUGUUGAUUAAAAGACAGAACGUCCGUUGUUAUGCAACUGCAGUAUCCUACUAGAAUAGAAUAGAAUUUAUUUACCUUCAGCAUGUACAAAGCCGAGAAAAGGACUCGAUACUUAUAUAUUCAUUCAUCCAUAUCUUUACAUACUGAUGCUGACUAUACCUAUACUUAAUCCUCUUUCUAUCUUACAGCUUAAUUUACAUUCUUCUUUUACGUAUCCUCAGUAUCCCAUUAUUUCAUAGUGUCUGACAGACUGCAUAUAAAUAUCGCGCGUGAAACAUUGGACGAGAAUCGAUGGUAACGCCUGAUUGUAACAGAUAUCCCAGCAUUUUACUGCAUUUAUUGGCUGAGCUAUCAUUCCUUUGUUAGCAGUAAGAGAGAUUGAUUGUAUUUCACGAGUUUUUGAAUCGUCAGUUAACCCUAUUCCAAUAACUUCCUCUUCUUUCUCCCCCAAUAGAACUGUUCUGGUGAAAAUAUAGAUACUUUAUGAUGUGUUAAUAUUAGAGGAGCGAUAGCUUUUCCCGCAGGUUUCUCCGACGAUGAGAAUUUUUAUUGCGACAUAUCGGAAAUAUGUUGCAGAUAAGAACUUGAGAAUCGUUGAAUGCUCAAUGCGACAACAGCUUCUCGAAUGUGUGCGGUUUGCUUAAUCGAUAGCUAACUAAUCAAAAUUCAUUGACGACGACUGCAAAAUAUAUAACUUGCCUCGAACGCAAGCACGAUCUCCGAA